AUGCCAACCAUAAUCGUCUCGUCGCCGUCGUCUGCAGCCCUCCGGUCUGGGGCUUGCUCUCCUAAUCGCUUCUGGCCUAGCUCUCCAGGCCAUCAUAAUCGCCAGCUCUCGCGCGCGUCGCCUAUUUUCCACGAUUCUUCUCCAUUCGCCGGCGCUCCUGCUGCUGCGGCUUCACCCUCGUCCUCCUCUUUCCAUCACGCUGCGUCGAGGUCGCGCCUCUCUCAAGGCGUGGAGGAAAUACGCGCUGCUCUCAAGAACCACUCUGUAGACGCUGCCUCGCAGGAUCCCGCCCUGGGGCCCUCAGGGGAUCAGUCUCGCAGCUGCAUGUCCGCUGGGCCAGAGUCCCUUGGGGGCGGCACCCGCCCGUCGUUAGACACUGAUUCCGCCCAUCCGCCUCAGCCUGUGACGCCUGCGCCUCCUGCAGCACCCUUGCCGAUCACUAGCAGCGUCUCACCUACAGACGUCAAGGGAAAGCGUCACCUAUCCGAAGCCAUCGUUAGCGAGCAGAACCCCACACAAGGGAAUUCGGGCCAUGGAGAGGCAAAGCAAGAGAAUGGAGAAUCAGAACAGACUCGGCUGAAGCGAUUACGACCGCCUGUGCCAGCUAUUAAGCUCUUACCUCGACAAUAUGAAUUGGUGCAUCCCAACGACCUGGUCAUCUUGAUUUCAAGCAUGAUCAUGGAACUUAUUCAGUAUAACGAUACUAUUCCACUGCAGGGCGGUCGACUAACUCGUUUCCAUUCACGAACCCCGCCACGCAUAUCGGUACGCGAGUAUCUACAGCGAUUGACCACACACGCCACCUUGUCACCCCCAAUUCUCUUGAGUAUGGUCUACUACAUUGACCGCCUGUGUGCCCUGUACCCGGCUUUCACCGUCUCGAGUCUCACGGUCCACCGAUUCUUGAUUACGAGUGCCACGGUUGCGAGCAAGGGUCUCAGCGACAGUUUCUGGACGAACAAGACAUAUGCCCGUGUUGGCGGUAUCACUAUUACCGAGCUUGCAUUGCUUGAAUUGGAGUUCCUCUGGCGGGUAGAGUGGAAGAUUGUUCCGCAGCCUGAAGUCCUGGUCGACUACUACUUGAGCCUCGUCGAGCGAUGCGAAGGAUACGCCCUGGAACAAGAAGACAUGACACCGGAGGUCAUUUCACCGACACAUGAGCCUCUCCCUCAUUGA